UCCGUUCCAUCCAUAAUUUGGUUCCAUGUUGUGAAUUUGUUGAUGGUGUCUUCAUAUUGAAUCGGAAUUACGAUUAAUGUGUUGUGGAAUACGAUCAAAACAAUAGUUUUUUCUUUCUAAUUGUGUUUAGUUUUUACUCAUAACAGUUAUGGAUGAUAAAGCUGAUUAUGAUGACAAGAGCAGAUCGCCCAUGGAUGAUAACUCCCGAGAGCGAGACAGGGACCGCACGUACCGCGGGGAGAGAACUAGUCGCUUCUCUAACGUCUCUCGAGACAAGGACAGAGAUCGCAGCGACAGAGGGGCCUCGGCAGCCGAGCGACGAGUAUUUGUGUCCAACAUACCGUAUGAAUUUCGCUGGCAGGAACUCAAAGAUCUCUUCAGGAAUGAAGUUGGAGAAGUGGCGUAUGUAGAAUUAUUUUAUGACGAGGACAACAAGCCACGCGGUUGUGGUAUUGUGGAGUUCGACUCAGUGGACUCUGUGUCAAGAGCAGUGGAGAAGAUGCACCGAUACGAACUGAGAGAGAGGAAAUUGGUCGUCAAAGAGGACUUUGACACAGUUCGCGACAAAUGUGGCCGCCCUGUCAAGUUUGGAGGGGGAGGAGGCGGUGGUGGGGGCGGGGGCAACCCGAACCGAGGGAACAGAGACGACCAGCGGAGGGCCUGGGAUCCCCCACAGCAGAACCAGAUGGUUGGUGGGGGCCAGCAGAAGUGGGGCAACACGUACGGCCUCAGUCCACAGUUCCUCGAGUCACUCUGGAUAAACCCCCCACUCGUGGCGAGGGUCUUCGUUGCCAACCUGGACUACAAGGUGGACAGCCAGAAGCUGACGGAGGUGUUCAAGCUGGCCGGCAAGGUGCAGAGUGCCGAGGUGAGCAUGGACAAGGAGGGCAAGAGCCGGGGGUUCGGGGUCGUGGAGUAUGACCACCCGGUGGAGGCCGUCCAGGCCAUCUCCAUGCUCAACAACCAGAUGCUGUACGACCGCCGCCUGGCCGUGAGGAUGGACCGGGCCGACAACAAGCCGGACGGGCCCCCGAAGCUCCCCGAGGGACUACGAGGGGUGGGGAUGGGCCUGGGUGCAGGCGGAAACCCGCUCCGGGACGUCGCUCGAAACCUGCCAAACCUCACUCAAGGGCCGGGUGCUAGUCUGGCCGGCGGAUCAAUGGGACUAGGAGCAGGACUCACAAAUCUUGCCGGGCUGAGCAACGCUGCAAGCCUGGGCCUGGCCGGGAUCAGUGGCUUGAACGCGGCGAGCCUGCUGCAGGCCAACCUGGCCGGAGCGGGCGACCUGGCCACGCUCGCCAACGCCAGCGCCCUGGCGGGCGGGCUGGGCGGCGGCGUGGGCGUGCUGGGCGUCGCCAACUCCCCGUUCGGGGCCGGCGUGGGCGCCAACGCGUUUGGGGUCGGAGUUGGCGCCACGCCCAACUCUGCCACGUUCCUGGGGGCAAGCGGCGGGGGACAGGGUCCUGCGUCGGGGUACGGCAGCAACACAGGCCCGAGCCAGGCCUUUGACAACAUAAGUUCAGGGAUUGGCAACACCGGAGGUGGUGGGGGCGGUGGCUUCGGAGGCGGAGCCCAGGAGAGGGGUGGGGGCCAAGGAGGUGGCAACAUGGGCUCCAACUAUGCCAACGGGCCCAUGGGCGGAGGAGGCAGCAACGUCACUCGGUCGGAUACCGUGCUCGUCAGAAAUAUACCCCAGAGCGUGACGUGGCAGAUGCUGCGAGACAAAUUCAUGGAGAUUGGGGACGUCAAGUUUGCCGAGCUGAGAGGCAAAGACAUGGGAUUGGUGCGCUUCAACAGUGAAUGGGAUGCAGAGCGUGCUGUCCACAUGAUGGAUCGUUCAAGAUAUGAAGGAAGGUCAAUUGAAGUGUGCCUGUAUUAGGUAAAUGUUGCCACAUUUUUGCAUUUUGUCGGUGUUGUUCAAGAGACUGUUUAUGCCGAAACGUCGUUGCUAACUGAUGUCUAGUCGUGAUGUCUGUGGGAUGCUAGCAUCUUUCUGAGUUAAAUUGCUGCAUCGUAUGUGUACUUUGGUUUAUCUGUCCGAAAUGUAGGAUUUGAGAGUUUAGUUAAUGCUAGCAGGUUAUUGUCGCUGCUGGAUUUUCAUAUGUAUUCUGUGUUUAAAUUUUGACACCAAUAAAGCAUUUUAACCUAGACUGAAUAAUGGUGUUUGUUUUUGAUUCAUGGGUGUUUUUGUGACGAAAAAAACUAUCUCAGAACUUUGACUUGCAACAUCAACAAGUUUCGUUGUCAUUUGUUUUUGUCUGUUGUAGCCUAUUUCUAUGUGCUGCAUAGGUUUAGUGCAAACGUUUUGGGAGUUUUGUAACCUCGUCUGUGAUGGUGUGAUUGGUUUUGUGGUAAGUCUCUACAUUUCUAUUUAUGUAUUUUUAAAAUUAUUUUUAUAUAUUUGAUUGGUAGCUGUGUUUCUGACGUAAUGUAUUUUUGGCAGGCUGUAGGCAGUUUUGUCGUAAUGGCCAAAGUUAUUAUUCUCUUAUAUCAUUGGAGUUGAGCACAUUCAGUGCAGUCAUAAAGAAUGUGAUUAAUUGCGUGUUGGAAAUUUGGUGGAUUUUUCUUCUUGUGGGUGUGUCGUGGCUUGUAAAAUUAGUCAAUUUAUUUUUGGUCAUAUUGUAAAAAGAUUUGUCAAAAUUGUUGUUGCACUUUCAUGAUCAUCUACGAUGUCAAAAGUGGUUUCAAUCACGACCUCAUUUCUGUCUUGGUCUGUUGAAAUGAAAUUCAAGUGUUGUGCUGAUGUCCUUGCGUCUACUGUAGCACCUCAAAAUGAUGCAGAGGCAUGCAAAGGUUUAUAAGUUUGUGAUGUGAUCACUUACCUAUCCCUAUCUUCCCUCUGUGGUAGUCAUUGUGUGCUCAACUUACAAAAAUGCAUUUUAAGUUCAUUAAUGCCAUACUAAAAAGAAAAUAUAGAUGAACAAUUGAGUGCUACUAUUACGAUUUUAAUAAGAAAACCUGUCAACAAAUCUAACAAGCCAAAGUUUUUAUUUUAUCCGUAAUAACGUUCAAGUGGUUGUUUUGUUAGUCACAAUACCUUUCAAAUCCAGCCUACAAUAUCUGAGCACUGCCAUAAGGUUUAUCCUGCAACCUCUCUCAUAAUCACAAGUGAUCAUAAAACUACUCCUCUGCAAUGAAUGUGCAUCAGAGAAACAUUUUCUAGAAGUUGUCAACUUGACUGUAUUACAUGUUGAUACUGUAACUGUUUCAGAUUUGACAGUUCUCAGAAGUAGUAUUAAGGGUAUCCAUUCCCCAACAGUUAUUUGGAAAGCAUCACAUGAUGUUUGUUUACUGACAAUGCCAACCACAUCAAGUAGUUUACGAACACUGUUCAUCUAAUAACAGUGGCAGAAUGUUGUGUACAUUGGUAAUAAACUUUUGAGAAAUGUCAAAUUUGAGAAGUUACAUGACACUGAAUAUUCCUUAAUGGAAUUUUUGCUGUAUGCGGAGGUUUAACUAGUUUUUCAAUGUGGUUCGACUCUUUUGUCAAUCAAACGUGGGGAGAGUAAGUGAAAUCAGUUUGUGUUACUCUUCUAAUGUUUUCUUAUUACUGGUGGUCUCGUAAGCCCUUAUUCUUUUUACUAUUGAUGUUCACUUCAAUCACUGAAUUAAAGAAUUGAAUAGACUGUGUUUCAUUGUUUGUCUCAUUUUGAAAAUAUUUUCGUGCUUGGUUCUGUAUUGUUUUCCAUUGCAGCACUUUUAUCACUUGUUACUUUUCUCAAAAAUGUUUUUAAUCUGUUUUUAAUUGUAAUUAUGAUAAAGACAACAUUUUGCUUUGAAAACGAAGUUGUCAUUUAGUUUCCAUCACUCUUCAGUAGAAGUAAAUGUUUAGUGUUUGCUGGUUAAUGAUAAAUGAUAAGCAAUAUUACUUGUUUUUCAGUUAGCGUUACCUACAUUUAUUGUUCAAUUGGGCUCUUAAAUGCAUAUUUUCAUAGGAAACAGCCGAGUGGCACUUACAAACCAAAGCACUGCUAAUUUUGAAACGCACUUCACACCAAUUUGGGUAGUGUAUUAAAUUCUCGGUAGAAUAUAUAGUGAUACAAUUUCUGCUUUGGUUUGAGAGGCAUCUCUUUGAAUCAUUUAUGUUUGUUGUUUUGAUUGCAACCUUCUUAUAGGGUGGAAUUUCAUGUUUAGUUGCUUUUUGUUAAAACAAGAUCGCCUGAUAGUGGCUUUUGACGUAGAAAUAAUUUUUUCUGUUGAAGUAAGGCAUUGAUUUCUGUGGGUGUGGAAUUCAUUGUUAUGAACAUCUCGAUGUGGUUCAUGCGAUUCGAUAAAUGGAAAGUUGUUUUAUAGUGACAUCAACAGUCAACACACACUGUAUAGUGCUCGUACUGCUAUGAUGUUUUGCGGUUCUUGAACUAUGGUGUCAGUUGCUCUUAGUAUCUGUUGCUAAGAAUUACAAGGUAUGUAUGUGUGUAACCUGCUAAUCUAGUAUGGUUAUCAUGUUUAUCUUAACUUCAUUCUGUUUUGUAUAACAUAAAUAUUAUGUAUAGUCUAUAAUAAUUUCAAAGUAUAUAUUUCUAUUUAGUAUAAUAUUUACUAUUAACUGUAUCUGUUGAUUCAAAAAAUAAUUUACAUGCUAAUAGAGUAGCAGUCUGCUAUAAGAGUAUAAUCAUUUUUUCUAAAUACUUAUCACUAUUUUUAAAUAUUAGUAAGCAUUGUGGCUUGUAGAGCUGGUAUCAGACAUCAUCCAUAGUGCAUUGUGCAGUUCUUUGUGAAACCUUGUUCAGACAUGUGUUUAUGCGCUUAUGGUAGGCCUGUGUGAAUUUUCAAAUUUUUAGGUCGAAUAAUAAAGUACAUAUUUGUAUUUGAUUUGACUUUGAAUAUUAACACUUCAAAAUUACAAAUAUUUGUUUGUUUACAAAUACUUGACAUAUCAUACCUUAUGAGUUUGUCAUAUACCAAUGCUCACUGGUGAGAUGUAAGACAUUUGUGCGAUAUAAAUACCCUUUUUUGAUGUUUAAUGAGAAUUCAUUAUAAAAAAAUAUUAACAAAAUGAAACGUGUUAAAGCUAAACAGUAAUAGGUUAAAAUUGUGUAAACAAUUCAAACCACAUAUAUAUUUGUCAUUUCAAAUUUGAAAACAAAUUAUUAUUUGUAUUCUUUUCGUCACAUGCACCAGAGGUGGGAAAAUUUUUUUUAAAAGUCAGCAACCAUGAACUGCAACACAACAAAACACGAUGAGCAUGAGAUGGGCAUUAGAAGAAGUAAUUGUCAUAGUUUCAACGGCAUAUCAAUUGAUAGUUCACAAUUGAUCUAACACCAUGGAAUACAGAAGCAGCUGUAUAUAUCUAUGAUGAAACAGACAUUGCGUAUAAAAGUAUAUAAAAACCGUAAAUAAUGGUUUAAAAUGCAAGAUGAAAUUAGCAAAAAUGGUGUUGAUAAUAUUAAUGAACAAAAAUAUAGUUUACCUGGCUGCCGUUAACAAAGGGAACUCGUGAAUAACUAGGAUUUAAAUAAGUAAAUAUGAACUCAUUCAAUCACUUAUUUGGGAAUACAAAAUUAAAAAAAAAAAAAUUCACAUUUUUCAUAAAUUAGAUUGCAAUGGGUUUCAUAGUAUUUUGUGGUUCCCAAAAAUGUUAUCGAUCAAUAUGUAGAGUAGCAGGUUGUGGAAAAUAAGGCGAAUAUAAACUAAAAUAAAAUGUUGUUUGGUUAGGUUAAGUUUGUUUAGCUGCAUACGUAAUUAAAGACAAUUUCAGUAUCAAAAUAUUUUACAAACUUUUUCCUUAUAAUUCUAGCUGACUUAACCAACUUUAAACUUUAAUAAUAUUGGUCUAAUUCUCAUUCUUACUAUUCAAAUUUAAUCUUCAUAUUUUCAAAUAAUCUUAUCAUAUCCAUAUUCGAUUUGAACUAAAAAAUUGAUAUUCGUACAGGUCUAGCAUAUGACCUUACGGGUUAGUUAGCAGUUCUGUGGAUUCAGGUGUAUACAUCUGCUCCAAUAUUCAUUAUUUAGAGGUACAUCAAAAAGAGAGCUUUCAAGCACUUGUCUUUUCAACAUAUUAGUAGGAGUUUUGGCUCAUGGUGUAAGCCACUGUAAUUCACACCCGUAGCUAGAGCAAAGAUUUUAUACAAAAAUUUGAGUUUUUCAUGCAUAUUGUGAUGCAAGUUUACUGUCCAUUAUAGGCUAAAUCAUUUACUUCAUCUUGGAUCAUAUUCAAAAACAAAAACAGGUGAAAUAUAAUCAUUGCACAUUACACCACUGUGAUCCCAUUGUCAAAAUAAAUUUACAAGUACUGGGGGUGUACUGAAACCAUUUUUUUUUUCUUCAAUCUAAGUCUAAGACAAAAAUCUUAGUAAUGCUUCUGUAUGUAUAUCAUACAAUUGCAGCUUGAUGUUUACAAACAUUUUGUAAUAGAUGGACCAAAAUUAUUGGAUUUCAAGGAUUUCAUUUGUUAAUAUUGAUUCGGAACUGUACUUGAAUCCCAUUGAAAGCAUUUGCCCACGUGUCUGUACGAGGCUUCACAGCUAGUCUUUAAGGCUAUGUGUAGUGUUAAACAUUAAGUGGUUUUGCUUUUUAUUAACUUAUUCAUGUUACACGAUGAACGUUACUUGUGACAUUUUGCUAUCCUAUUUUACGGCACAGUUCACAGCCUCGUCGUGACCACAAUCAGCUGUCACACAGGAGUGGCCUCUAGAGUUGAUGCUGCAGUCUUCUAGAUGAGGUAAGCCAGAGUCUAGAAUAUGACCGCUAGUUGUGAGGACAAUGUUGGCUCGGGACUGUGAGAAUCUGCAUGUGUACACACCUGUUUCCCCCACCAACGCAUUCCAUCAGUGGUCCAUCAUCAUCUCUUCACCCCUCGUCUUGUCCAGUGACGUUCAUGUCGACAAGAAGUUAAGCUACAUUCAUUCAUAAGUUUGCUAUCUAUGAAGUGUUGCUAUAAGUAUAGGAAGUAGGGGAAACUCUUGGAAAUUAAAAUGGCCAGGGAAUAUGAGGAAUGGUCACACAAAUCACAAAAUACUUAUGAAAUUUUUCCUUGCGAUGGCAGAAGUGAAGACACCUCAAAAAAAUGCUAAAACUUUUAAUAUUACGAAAUUCGGUUGAAAUUCCUUCUCUUCGUAACAGCCCAGACCUUUUACUGUUAACAUGAGUAAAUGGGAUGAAACUUAUUUUGAGUGUUUAUAUACAAGUUUGAUAGCAUACAUUUAAUAAUUUUAUGUGAAUCGAUAGCAUUGGUUUACAAACACACUAUCUAUCUAAAAUGGCAUUAUAUUGCUAUGCAGCCAUUUAUUAUGAUGCUAUUGUAUCGCUUGUUAUAAGCAGUCCAAGUUGAAUUUUAUUUCUAGUAAUAGUGGAGAUCAUUUGCUUCUGUACAUUAAUAGAGCUGAAAUUCUGAACAGUUAUUCAAAAAUAGUAGACUUAUAUAAUGUGCGGUAAAAUUAAAAUUAAUACCUUUCUUUUGAAAAGGAGAUAAAGACAAGUAUUUUCAUGAAGACUAUAUUUAUUUGUGAUUUUCUGCAAUGUUCGCAUCGACCGUGCGUAUGUAGGGCCUUAAACAAAAAAUGUGAAAUGAAAAACUAGCCUGCACACAUUUUGUAACUGGUACGGAGAAAAAAAAGGCAUUGGGAAUCUUUGGAAGUUCAAAACUAAAACAAAUUUGAGGCAAAACAACAUGAUGGGUUAUGAAGUGUGCAAGACCAUCAACAAAUCUGGAAGGGUAGCGAUAUAAAAUAAGUGAUACGUAAAACUAGCUUUCAUAAUCAGGGAACCUCAACUUGUGAAACUGGUAACAUCAGGUGUACAAAAAAAAUUAUUUUAGUUUUUUAUUGUUUGUAAUUUUACGCUACUGAUUAUUCACUUUUACAUAUAAUUUUUCAGUAGGUUAGGUUACCUACAUUAUGCUAUAGGUAAUUCAUAACCAGCCAUUCAAAUAAUUUCACAUUUUCAAUGCAGCCGACAAAAAUAACCUAACCCAACUGAUUUUUUUUUACAGUGUCACAGUAUUUGUUAUAAAAAUAAGCUAACCUAAACACUUGUUAAUGGUAAAGUAAUUGAAGUAUCACAAUGCCCUCUUUGAGAUAGAUUGAAAAAUAUGUCCCGAAGCAAAAAAAAAAUCAUUUUAUUUUUUAUAAGAGAGGCUUUUCUUUAAGAUUACUAAAAAUUAAUUCCAGUGGGGUGAGUUCUACCAAGUUAUAUCAUAUUUAUAGGUGCAUGUUAAGUCAGUUGCUGGUGUUUUCUUUCGAGAAAAUAUGUUUUGUCAUGUAAAUAUUUAUAUAAUUUUGUAAGCAUAUGUUAUAAGAUUAUAACGAAACCUUUGAAUGGUAUGCGCAAACUACUUUUCCUCCAGAAAAAGUGUCAGUUCCAAGUAGCGCUGCCGGAUUAUUAGUGUCUGGAAGGUCGGAGAAACUUGUCAAUCCAGGACUGGAAAACCUGGAAAAGACAAGGGAAUUUUAACAUUUUUAAAAUUGGUAAAAUUUAGUUUCUUUUACAUCCAUGUUGUUUCUGAUUGAUAAGAUUUGAGUUACAAAAGUUAUAGAAUACAGUUGUGAACUUUAUAUCUUUGGCCAUUGCUUUAAACUGGUGCUAGUGCAUCAGUGCCACUAUAUACACCUAUAAUGUACCUGCAGGGUCUGAUUAGCAAUUGCCUUGCAUCCCAACCCCUCCGUGAUUAUUGUUACUGCCUUUGGUUCAUCCCUUCCCUUCUAGUGAUCACGUGGCUCAGAGUGUGAAUGGCACUGAAUACCCACACUGCAUUUAAGGACUUGCGAGCUCUGCCUCCCUCUCUUUAUUGUCGGUUGUUUAGGUUGAUCUAUUAGUUUGAGUUGCAGCAACAUUAGUGGCAUAGGGCAAGUUAUGUUAUGCAAGUUAUUUGCUCUGAUUGUGUAGGUUAUUUAGAUGGCAAUAUAUUCAACAUAUUAACUUUGUUUCUUUUAUUUGUUAAAUUUUUCAUUUAGCUCUUUGUCAUCAAAUCUUAAUAUUUGGCUCAAUAGUUACUUUAUUGUGUGCAUAAAUAUAUAAAUAUAUUUUUUAACUUCUCUGUUUUAAUCAACACCUUGAUAUAUCCACUCCACUCACAUCUUGGCAAUUAGAUCUUAAUGCCUCGAACUCUUUCUUCUCCUGGAAUCGCGAUCUUCGUUUACCUUAACAUAAUUUGUAAACUUUUGAUAAUUCACGUAAUUUUUCCUAUCGAGAUCUAAUGUCUCACACAAAGUGUGUACAUUUUAAUUAGUCCCCGAGUUGAAAUUCUAAACAAUAUAAUGAAUAUCUAAAUUAAAUAUUAUACUUUCGUUAUAUACUGUAUACAGAUUUUUUAUAUUUUUUUAUAUUAAGCUAUUAGACAGAAACCUUUCCUUUAAAGUAUUGUAGUUGUGGGAUGUCGCAAGUUUUGUAAAACUACGUAACUGGGAAGAUAUUUUACCCAGUGCCUGUGGAUAGGUAAUCUUUGAUAACUUUAGUUAAUUAACUCUGAACCUAUAUUUUUUUGUAACAUAGGUUCACACUUGAGCUGGUCACCUAUAUAAUACUAAAUAAUAUAUUUCUAGAAUAGGUGGUGGUGGUUUGUAUUCUUUUUGCACCUUUCCCGUCCUGUUGCACAUGGGAGUAUAAUACUGGACACUGAUGUUAUUCAGUAUAUUUCACCUUAACAAUACAACUUAAGUUUGUAUGUGUAAUACUGAUUUGUAUGUUGUGUUAAAACUUGGAAGAAAAUAAAAUUUUUUAUAUGAUUCACUGAAAUAAAUUUUUUGGCGUA